AUGACCGCGAUAAAGACUCCGAUUCCCCAGCCGGACUGUUCGGAUUUGACGUCCACACAAGUGACGGUGGAAAACUGCUACGACCUGCUGACAGCCGCCAAGAGACGCGGCAUGCGGGAGGUCCAGGACCAGGUCUACAGGUACAUGAGCGCGCAUUUCCUGCAGGUCCUGCGGAGUCCCGCCGCGUUCGGCCGUCUGUCGGCCGGAGAGAGGGAGCUGAUCCUGAGGAGGAGGAUGGAGGGGAGGAAGGUGCUGUCUGCCGUGGAGGACCACGAGGUGUUCGAGCGGGGUGCGAGCGGACCUCCCAGCCGCCCCCAGAGCCCCUCGUCCUCCGUGCCGGCGGAGGAGAGCCGCCGCCUGCUUUAUUACCUGGACCCGGACACAAAGGAGUGGGAGGUGCUAGGCAGGAUGCCGGAGGAGGUCAGCGUCAGGGGUUCGGGGAUUUGCACCAUGUUCAACUACCUGUUCGUGGCCGGGGGAAUCAAAACGCACGGGGAGCAGGUCCAGGUGUCGGACCAGGUGUUCUGCUACAACCCGCUCACCAACACCUGGGACCGGAUCCGGCCGCUGCGCCAGGCACGCUCCCAGUUCAGACUGGUGUCCAUGGACGGGUGCCUGUUCGCCAUCGGGGGGGAGUGCUUGUUUUCCGUGGAGCGCUAUGACCCCCGCGCCGACAGGUGGAGCCACGUGGCUCCGCUUCCGGGAGGCGCGUUCGCCGUGGCGCACGCGGCGACGAGCUGCGGCGGAGAUCUUUUCGUUUCCGGCGGCUCGCUCUUCUUCCGCCUCCUGCGCUACGACGCGCGGAGGGACGAGUGGGAGGAGUGUCCCUUCAACGACAGCAGGAGGAAGUCCGCCGACAUGGUGGCCUACAAGAGCUUCAUCUACCGCUUCGACGUGAGCCGGCAGCAGCGCGGCGUCCACGUGUGCAAGUACAACACGGUGCUGAAGGUCUGGCACGAGAGCGCCUCCUACCGGCUGGAGAACGUGCAGCCCUUCCGCUGUGCCGUGCUCGGCGACCGGAUCUACUGCGUCGGCAGGUCCCGGAUCUUGAUCUUCCAGGUGGAGGAGGGAGAGGAGGAGAAGGAGACCUUCCUCCCCGACACGCUGCCGGCCCCGGCAGAGGCCAAAGGAGCGCUGACGCCGUUUGUUCUGACGGUGCCGAAAACCAACUGA